CAAUCAAGAGCUGUUGGCCAACCGGCUACCGCGUUGGCUUUGACGCUGUUUGAGGGCGCCCCAGAAGUUGCGUCCAGCUUGUUUGUGGAAAGUCUUAUCUUAAGAAAAGUCAACAUGAGCCGGUGUGAAAAGGGCAACAUUUUAAUCGUAGGAAGUGGGAUCGUUGGACGGAGCUGGGCCAUACUUUUUGCAAGUGCAGGGUACAGAGUCAUUCUUUAUGAUACUGUUCAUCAACAGGUCACAACCGCACUUGAACAUAUAAGACAGCAGCUGAACGAACUUGAGAGGAAUGGCAAUCUUCGAGGAACCUUAACAUCAAAAGAACAAAUGGACCUGAUCAGUACUUGCAGUAAUCUUGCCCAAGCAAUAGAGGGUGCCGUUUUCAUCCAGGAAUGUGUUCCUGAAAACUUGGAACUGAAGAGGGAAGUUUUUCACGAGUUGGAUGACCUAAUGAAUGAUGAUGUGAUUCUCAGCAGUUCUACCUCUUGUAUUUUGCCUUCAAAACUAUUCAGUGAUCUCAAGCAUGUUAAACAGUGCAUUGUCUCUCAUCCCGUGAAUCCAACCUACUACAUACCUCUAGUUGAACUAGUUCCUCAUCCUGAAACGCAUCCUGCUGUUCUGGAACAAACCUACACGCUUAUGAAAGAUAUUGGCCAGUCGCCAGUAAAGCUGGCCAAAGAGAUUGAUGGAUUUGUUUUGAAUCGGAUUCAAUAUGCAAUUAUUGGAGAGUCAUGGAGACUUGUUAAGGAUGGUGUACUGUCACCUGACGAUGUAGACCUUGUGAUGUCUGCUGGUUUAGGAAUGCGAUAUGCCUUUAUGGGACCUUUCGAAACCAUUCAUCUCAAUGCAGAAGGGCUCAAGAAUUACUGUGAGCGGUAUGAUGAAGGAAUGCAAAGAGUCUUAUCAUCCUUUGGACCUGUUCCUGAAUUUUCUGGUGAAGUUAUGGAGAAAAUUAACCAGACAAUGUCUCAAAAAACUUCACCGAAUCCAGAAAGCCUCAAUGCUCGAAGACUGUGGAGAGAGGCGCAUCUGGCUGCUCUGGCAAAGCUGAAAUCAGACAACAAAUGAAACAUGACCCUCAAGGUUCUGUCAGGAGUGAUAUCUUGUAUCUAUGAUCAAUGAUGCACUGCAUUUAUAAGUUGCAGUUAUAUAAAACUAAAUGUUAACAUUGUCUGUUCAUUUAAUACUUUAUUACAUUUUUGAUUUUAACAUUUGCAGUUUGAUAAAAAUCUUAGUUUUACGAGCUUGUGCAAACAUGUCUAUAUAUACUUAAAUUACUGGUUUUAACUUGGAUAUAGAUGUUAGUCAAUACAAUUUUACCUGUUGUACUCAAAAAUGUUUUAGUAUAACAAUUGAUUAACAGAGCAUUGAGCUGCAACCAUGUGAUAAUAACAUAUUGUGUUAUGUUUGUGUUGCAUUUUAAUGUAAAGCAGAUCAAUUUAUGAAAUUGGUUAUUUCUACAUAUUACUGUAUUUGAAUUUUGAGCUUGAUGAUUAAAUCAUGAAUAUUUGCUCACGGUUUCUCUAAAGUUAGCAUAUUGCAAAAAAUAUACUCAACUAUAUUUUAUCGCCUUGGUGGAUUAAAGAAUGAUUCUUCAGAUGAAAGUUUCCUGUGUUCUCAUUCAGCAUUAUAAAUAAAAAUCUUGUA